GUUUUAUCACUCGGCAGUCGACACUCGACGAUGGGUUUUCCCAUUACGUUUCAUAGUUCUAUAGAUGUUCAACGUUUAUAAACAUUGUACAUAUAAAAGUGACUCGUCAUUUGUAUUGGCUGUAUGGGAAACAUACCGUCGUAUAAAUUUAUUAGUUUAAUCCUAAAAUAAAUGAUAAACAAAAUGCAUAUAUCUGUGUCGUUAUGUGUUUUCGUACUUUGUGUGUGCAGUGCUUAUACUUUAGUUCUUAUACCAGAACCUAGUAACAAUAUUAGAUUAUCUGAAAGAAUCGGCAACUUUUCAGUGGAAUUAAUUGACCGGACCUUAACCCAAACACCUAAUUCUAAUGUUGUUAUAUCUCCACUAACCAUAUGGACUGUACUUGCUGUAAUUGCUGAAGGAUCUGCUAGCAAUACGUUAAAGGAAGUGUGCAAUACUUUAAGAAUAGCUCCCGAAAACUUAAGAAGCGUAAGAGAAAGCUUUAAAAGAAUAGAAAAGUACCUAGUAGUGAAGACAACCACAGUUGAGUUAAACAAGUUAAAUAUUUUGUUUGUCGAUAAAGGUGUUAGUCCUACACAGAAAUUCGCAUUAAUUGCAAAAGACUAUAAUGUGUCAUUUGCAACACUUAAUUUUUCUGAGCCAUAUAAAACAGCUAACUUUGUUAAUAGUAAAGUGUACAACUUUACCCAGGGCAAAAUAUCAGACUUGAUUUCAGGUGAUGAUUUAACAAAUAGUCACAUGAUCCUAACAAGUGGCUUAUAUUUUAAAGGGCAAUGGACAUUUAAAUUCAAUAAAUCAGCCACAACAAAAGCUCCAUUCUAUGACAACCAAGGAAAUGUGAUAGGACAAGUUAAUAUGAUGUACAAUCGUCAAAUACUGCCAUUUGCAAACUUUAAGGAUCUUAAAGCAAGAAUAAUUGAAUUACCCUAUGGUAAAGAAAACCGUCUUUCAAUGCUGGUGAUGUUGCCAUACCAAAAUGUUACCGUUAAUGAAAUGUUUCUGAAUUUAAACCAAAUUUCAUUAGAUCAUAUCCUUGCUAACUUAGCUAUGUCUAUUAAUGAAUUUCCUGAAGACGAAAUAGAUAUUUAUUUGCCCCGCUUUAAAGUGAAAACCAACUUAGAUUUGACUGAUACACUUAAAAGUAUGGGUAUAAAAGAUUUGUUUGAUAGCUCACGAUCAAACUUGAAGAAAAUGGUGAAAAUACCGUCAUAUGUGUCAAAAAUUGCCCAUAAAGCAGUGAUUGAGGUAACGGAGGAAGGAACUAGUGCAGCAGCAGCUGCUGCAGCAGCAUUCAGCUAUCGCAUUGGUGUCACAAAGUUUGAAGCAAAUAGACCAUUUGGAUACAUGAUAGUGGAAAAAACUACAAACACUAUACCUUUUGCAGGUUCAUACAAUAUGCCUGAAUUGUAUGAGUCAUAAUAAUGUCGAGUUCUAAAGACCUUGAUGACAUUUUGCCUUGCACUCAUAUGUGACAUUUUUCCUCAAAGCACUGUUUAUUAUUCAUCUAUAUUUACUAUAAAACUACUUUGUUUUCUUUAUAAACAUAAUUUCUCAUUAAUUUUCUGUCUAUAAUAAAUAAAAAGUGCUAUUUAUUAACUAAAAAUUAUUUUUAAAUUAAUUAUUUGGACAGGUAAUAUGCUUUAAUUAAGUAUUUAAAUUACUUCAAAUGUUUUAAGAUCUGUAUAGUUUCUUUUUAAUGUGUGUGGAUAAAAUUGUAUAUUGUACAUAUUGUAUGUGUAUGUUUGUAGAAUUGUAUGCUAGUGAAUUUUUACAAUCAUUAUGUAUAUUUAAUAGGCCUUUUAGUUUAUUGUUAAUAAAACGUUUGAUGUAUUGUUAUAAUUGUAAAAUGAUUUAUAAUUUAUUUAGAUAUAAUUUGAUAGUCACUAUCUUGUCCAGGCCAUGUAUGACUAGUAAGUCAACAUUUUGUACAAAGAAAUUGAAAUAUAAAUGAAUUAUCUUA